AUGAAUUGUAUAACCAGACAUCUUCAAUUAUAUGGGAGAUUUGUUCCCAGAUGUCCCAUGUUUCUAUCACGUCCUUUGGUGACAAGGAAUUAUACAGCAGCUGUAACUGAAAAAUUUUCGAAUAGGAAGAGACUUCCAAUAUACACAGGACAACCUAUACAUGAGACUAGACCUUAUUUGUUAAAUCCUGGAGAAUUGACUCCUGGUAUUUCUGCUUUAGAAUACUACCAAAGAAGAUUGAAUGUGGCUGCACAAUUACAAGAUGACUCCUGUUUAGUCAUUGCAGGAAAUGACGUUCAGUUCGCCUCUGGCGCUGUGUUUUACCCAUUCCAACAGGACAAUGAUUUAUUCUAUUUGACAGGUUGGAAUGAACCAAACUCGGUAAUGGUUAUAGAGAAACAUUCAUGCAAAAACGAUGAUCUCACUUUCACCAUGUUUGUUCAAGAAAAGAAUGCAUUUUCAGAGCAAUGGGAAGGUUAUCGAACAGGCAUUGAGGGUGUUCAGGAUAUUUUUAAUGCCGAUCAAGCAUUUGGUAUUAACCAAUUAAGUAAUAAAUUACCAGAUAUUUUGAGACGUGGCAAAAUAGUAUAUUUCAAUGAUGGUCGUAAAGGGGCCCUCACAAAUAAUAGGAAAAGUAUCAUAAGAAUGAUGAGUGAAGGUGGUUUGUUAAGUACAAAGAAUUAUAAGAAUAUUUUAGCUGGUGUCAGGAAAGUUAAGUCUGAGGCAGAGCUAAAAAUAAUGAGAAGGGCAGGUCAAAUCUCAGGGAAAUCCUAUAAUCAAGCAUUCGCAAAGAAAUUCCGUAAUGAGAGAACAUUGGCAUCAUUUUUAGAUUAUAAAUUUAUCUCUGGUGGGUGUGAUAAAUCUGCAUAUAUACCUGUUGUUGCUACUGGCUCUAAUGCAUUAUGUAUACAUUAUACAAGAAAUGAUGAUGUUAUGUUUGACGAUGAAAUGGUUCUUGUAGAUGCUUCAGGUUCUCUAGGUGGGUAUUGUUCAGACAUUUCACGUACUUGGCCAGUCUCAGGUAAAUUUUCAAGUCCACAACGUGAUCUAUAUCAAGCUGUCCUCAAUGUUCAGAAACAAUGUAUCGACUUGUGCAAAUCCACCAACGAUAUCUCGUUAGAAGACAUUCAUCAAGAAAGUCUAAAAUAUAUGAAACGAGAGUUAAAAAAUCUUGGUAUUAGUGAUGUUAAAAAUUGGGAUGUGGAACGUUUGUAUCCCCAUUACAUUGGACAUAAUUUAGGUUUAGAUGUUCAUGAUGUACCAGAGGCUUCUCGUUAUGAAAAGUUGAAAGAAGGUCAAGUGAUAACUAUAGAGCCAGGUCUAUAUAUUCCCGAUUCGGAAGAGUUUCCAGAAUAUUUUAGAAACGUAGGUAUUAGAAUUGAGGAUGAUAUUGCAAUUGGGAAAGAUAGUUAUACAAAUUUAACAGUUGAAGCUCUAAAAGAAAUAUCAGAUUUGGAAAAUGUCAUGAGUAAUGGAAAUACAUUGAAUAAAUUUGAUGAUGAUAUUAUCAGCCCCUUGGAAAACUGA